AUGUCGACGCCAGACUACUAUAAAAUCCUCGACAUAUCACCCAAAGCAACCCAGCAGCAGAUCCGGGAUGCAUACAAGAAGGCCGCGCUAAAGCACCACCCCGACCGCGUCCCUGCCGACUCCCCUGAGCGCGCGUCACGGACCAGACGAUUCCAGCAGAUCAACGACGCGUACUAUACGCUGUGCGAUCCGACUCGUCGUCGUGACUACGAUGCUGCGCGGACCUACAACAACUACACUGGAGGGUUUGAUGACAGUGAGCCCGAGGAAGAGAUUCCCCGACCUCAAGCGGGCCAGGAGGGCACCAUGCCCGGCGGCUUCCCCUGGUCGUCGUUCUUCGGAGGGGGAACUUCGAGCUCGGACAACAAUGGUGGGGCCUCGGCCGCCAACGAGCACGAGCGCUUCAGCAAUGAGCAAUUCGGUAGCGUUUUCGAGGAGAUGCUGCGCGAGGAAGGCUUAGCGGAGGGCGAGCAGGCUCAGCCAAACGGCAAGUUCUGGAGUCUGGUCGGCGGACUGAGCGGCGGCGCCAUGGGCUUCAUCAUCGCGAACUUCCCAGGAGCGGUGGCGGGCGCAGUUGCAGGGAACAGGCUCGGUGCGGUUCGAGAUGCGCGGGGGAAGAGCGUGUAUGCGGUCUUCCAGGAGCUGCCUCAGGCCGACAAGGCUCGGAUGCUCAGCGAUCUAGCGAGCAAGGUGUUCGCGCAUGCAGUGAGCGCCUGA